AUGAAAUGUUUACGUGACUCGGCCUUUUCUACAAAUACUGAAAAUAAGAGCACAUGGGCCGUCAAACUGUUUAAUAGUUGGAUAAAUGAAAGAAACAACCGCAAUUUAAGACAUGUACCCAUCAUUAAAAAGGAUCUUAUUUCUUUGGCGGAAGAUGAAAAUGAAUUGAAUACGGUUUUGAUGUGUUUUGUGACGGAAGUACGCAACAUGAAAGGUGCGGAGUAUCGCGGUAAUACACUCUAUGAAAUUGUUUCAUCGCUACAGUACUAUCAGCGUAGAAAUGACAAGCCAGUUAAUUUUUUGGAUGAAGCAUGUUACGCGGGACUAAGGUCUGUACUCGACGCACGCAUGAAAGAAAUUGCAAGGAAAGGCAUUGGUAUCAGUAAACGUCAGGCUCAAAUUAUAUCGGAAGAACAAGAAGAUAUCUUAUGGAGGAAACAGUUUCUUGGCGAAGACACUCCACGACAAAUUCUAGAUACACUCGUGUACUUGAUCGGACUGAAUUUUACGCUAAGGACGGGAGAUGAACAUAGGUUUCUACGUGUUGGUUCAGCAUCCCAGUCUGAUCUCUUGGUAUGUUCCAAUGGUGAAAAAUCCUUGAAAUACACAGAAGACAUUUCGAAAACUAAUCAAGGAGGCUUGAAACAUCGGAAAUUGGAGAGGAAAAGUGUUACCGUUAGUGAAAACCAUGACUUCCCUGAGAGAUGUCUUGUCAGGCUAUUUGAAAAAUACAUUUCAUUGAGAGAACAUCAGCAAACAUGGCGUCAACUGUUGACAACAUCUUUCAGAGAAAAUCCCCAAGGAUACUGGACACUAAGGGCAAGGCCUCGGCAACACCUCUGAUUUCCCAUGAAUUCGAAGAGAAAGCUAAACAACGUGACCUUUGUCUAA